AUGGCCUACAGCGACCCAUACGGUACCCAGCAAUACCCUCCUGCGCAACGCGAAUACGACGAGCCAUUCAAUCCCUAUGCAAAUGAACAGCCUCAUAGAACUUAUGACCAAGGGGGAUACAACUACGAUAGCGGCGGAAUCAAUGCUCCCAGAUAUACCGACGAUGCCUCUGGUUACAUGAAGGAGAGAGCUGUGGUAGAGGAGGUCGAUGAUGCCAUUCCGAACAGACCUGUUGGGCCGAAGACGUCGCGUAACCUAAGACGAUGGAGAUAUGAGCACAACGGGGAUCUGUGGACGAGAGGUGGUGGUGUCCGUACUUGCGGCAGGCUCCUAUGCUGCACUAUCAUGAUCUUCCUGUUUCUUCUCGUGAGCAUCUUGCUCUCGCUGGCAUUGUGGAUCCGACCACCAACCUUCGUCGUCAACCAGUUCGGACUGUCAGACAGCGCAACCGCAGUCACACUCGCCAAUGAUUCUUUGACGGUCAUGUUUGACGUAAACACGACUGUAAUCAAUCCGAACUACUUCUCCGUCGACCUGACCGACCUGAAAAUUAAUCUGUUCUACCCCUUAAACAACAACAAGACGGCUGUUGGGGGUGGGGAGAAGAAGGAUGUGGACUUCAGGUCACACCAAGAGACGAAUGUCACGUUCCCUGCACAAUUGCUAUAUAACGUGACGGAUGACCCCAACUUCUCCAUCCUGGUCGAUCUCGCAAAGAAGUGUGGUGUCGUCCCUGGGGUCGCUUCAUCAGAUGUCACUCUCGAUUACACCGCUAUUGUCAGUGUUAAAGUCUUCCUCAUACCCGUGAAGCCCACCAUUAGUGGCAGCACGAGCUUCGCGUGUCCACUCAGCAAGGAAAACAUCGGGGGUCUACUGCAGUCAGCAGGUAUCAACGAGUCUGAUCUGAAUCAAUUGGGUAAUAUCCUUCGCGAUCUAGGGUCAUCACUAGGCUAG